AUGGGUGCCUCGUCGGAUAUGGUUACGGAUAGGAGCACAGUCACUGCUACGGAAGCGGAGGUUGGUCGUCAGGGUCGGGCGGGGCGGGCGCUCUUCGUUGCUGGGUCACCUCCGGUGUACAGCACGUUUCACCACAACGGUGGUGCGGUGUCCAUUGUAAGCGCACCGACCGGGAGUCGCGGCCUUUCGACAACGAUAGCGGCCUCGUCGAGCGGCGCUUACCCCACAGCGAGUCCGUUUACGCCAACAGCGUCGCCGAGUGCGGGCACAGAGGGGCUUGGGCGCCCGUCGUCGGCGCCUGCGGGCGCCAGCGUCCUGAAUGGAAGUUUUUUCGGGCGCUCUGUGGGCUUUAAGCUGCCUACGAAUAAACAGAGCGCGAUUUCGUCGGCGCGGGGAGGCAGCGGUGCCAUCAGCGAUAGCAAUGCCGUCAACGGUAUGCUGGCGCUGGACGUCAAGGAGGGAAGCCGAGUCUCACCGCCGCGACGCGGCUCGACGACAGACGCCAGAAGUUGCCUGGAGUGUCCGUCAGACUGGACUGUAAGCGAGCUCGCCGCGCGGCUUGUCUCGGAACCUGAUGGAUGCAAAGCGACGGAGUGUGCCUGGAGUCCGCAGGUAUCGGGUAGCAUACCGCCGCGCUCGCCAGCGGCCUAUCGGCAUACGCAGACAGGCGCUGUUCCAGAACGAGGCCGAGACCAUCCAGCAGGCACGAACCUGCUGGACUCGCAUCGGAUGUCGAGUCCUGGUAUCGACCCGUCGCAGGAGUUGAUAUCCGUCGACAGCGACUGGAUACCUGCUUCUGCUUCCUAUUCAGCUGUUAGCGUGAUGUCAUUCUCGCCGAGCGGCAACGAGGUGGCCCGAAUGGAUCUGGGCCGCUCGUCCCCGUUCCGAGGGCUCUCGUUCGAUGAUCUGAGUAUUAUUGAGCGUUCACCGCGCAAAGAACGUUUAGCGCAAAUGCUGCUGUCCACACGUGGCAACAACGUGCGACGUUUCUCGCGUUCACCGCUCGGCGCGACGCCCCUGUUUAGCACCAAUCCCGGGUCUCUAGCCGAUGCCUCGGCGAGCGAAGACACGCGUUCGUGUCGCGUCUGUGGUGGACGACGCAUACGGCCUUGUUUCGACUGCAACGGACGUGGUCAAUUUCAGCGCAUUGAAGUCCAAAACCAUGUUGUAGGCGGUGAAACGUGUCGCGCAUGCCGCGGCACAGGUAUGAUCGACUGCCCCGCCUGUGCUCGAGAGUUGUAUAGAAAAGCGCGUGCAGCAGCCGAAAUCAAGCUUGAAACCGCCACCCGUGAUCAAGCGGCACCAGUCUCGCUGCCCGCUGCAUUGACAUCACGACAACAUGAACCAGCGGCUGCCACGCCUCAUGCCAUGGGAACGGAAACCGCGUCGGCGCACAGCGUGCAGGAUUCGCUUGCCGCUGCCGCGACAGAGCAUGUGGUAUCCAGCGUCUCUGCGAAUGCUGAAUGGGAACCCCAAACCUCAAACGUUGCGGUUGGAAAGCUGACAACAUGUACAACAGACGGCCAUGGUCUGAUUCCGCUCUCCUCGUGA